GAGGAAAUGGGCGUGGUUACGCGAUGACGUAGUGUUUUUGUGUCAAACCCGAGCAGCAAACGGCCGAGACCACAAGCUGUCAACGCCUCAAUUUGUACUCCACAAACGUGUCACCCCUGCAUGGGUGCCAUGGUCCUCAGUUACACAUGAGCUCUACUAUGUGGUACAUCAUGCAAAGCAUUCAAAGUAAAUACUCCUUGUCUGAACGGCUCAUCCGCACCAUCGCAGCCAUCCGCUCGUUUCCGCACGACAAUGUGGAGGAUCUCAUCCGUAAGGGUGCUGAUGUAAACCGGAUGCAUGGCACACUGAAGCCCUUACACUGUGCCUGCAUGGUUGCUGAUGCUGACUGUGUGGAGCUGCUGUUGGAGAAGGGAGCAGAGGUAAAUGCGUUGGACGGCUAUAACCGCACGGCACUCCACUACGCAGCAGAAAAAGAUGAGAGCUGUGUGGAGCUGCUGUUAGAGUACGGUGCUCAACCUGACGCACUGGACGGCAACAAGGACACUCCACUUCACUGGGCCGCCUUCAAAGAUAACCCGGAGUGUGUAAGAGCGCUGCUUGACAGCGGGGCUUACCCCAAUGCCAGGGACUACAACAACGACACGCCAUUGAGCUGGGCCGCCAUGAAAGGCAACCUGGAAAGUGUCAAAGUGCUAUUAGACUACGGAGCCCAGGUACACGUGACCAACCUUAAGGGUCAGACGCCCAUUUCUCGACUGGUGGCUCUCUUGGCCCGGGGCCUGGGCACUGAACAAGAAGAGGAGUGCCUGGAACUGCUGUGCAGGGCGGCAGGCCGCUUCGAGAUCCGACGAGCCGACGGUACGCUUCCGAGGGAGCUGAGUAAGGAUCCCCAGCUGCUUGCGAGGCUCACCAACAUGGUAGCUCAGGCGCCCACGCUUCGCUCUCUGGCGCGCUGUGCUGUGCGACAGAGUCUGGGGGUGCAGUUCCUCCCCACUGCUGUGAAGGAGCUUCCUUUACCAGAGACCAUCAAGGAAUAUCUUCUUCUGAGAGACUGAGCCCUGGCUAAUUCAUAUUUUUACAUUUACACUUCUAACACUACUCCUUCAUCGCAUCAUGGUAUUGGAUGACACUUUGUCCAGAAUAUCUUUCAAUUCAAAAUGGCCCAAAUUUGGAAUGGUGCGUUUGCUCAGGUAGAAUCACAUGAGCACUCACGCACCAGGACACUUACAUGAUAUUAUUGCUUUCAAACUCUGUGCACCUAUCAAACGCUAAACACUUGAAACACCUGUCAUAGUCGCUCUCAAAGCACUCAACAAACUCAUGCAUAAAGAGCAUGUAUAUUUGUUGCCGUGCGCAAGUCUUGAUUGUGCCAAAUUGAAAUACGCUUUUAACUGAAAGACAAGUGCUUGUGGAUGUCCGAGAGAAAGAAUCCAGGGAUCAACUGUCUUUUACACUAUGAGGUCAAAUAAAACCAUGAAAUAGGGAACAGAUUGUUAUUUUCUAGUAUCAAAUGUUGUGUUUGAUGUCUGAUGACAUGAUAACUUGCCUGCUGUUACCCUGGACAUUACUUUAAGCAAGGGUGCUGUUGUCAUAGACGAAUGAUUGGGUUUAUUCCCCAUCAGUCACUCUAUUCAUUACUUCCAAAUUAAUUCAUCUAAACACAAACAUUGAUUAAGUAACAUUUUCUCUCUCUAAGCUUUGUACUAUGUAUCUAAGUGUGUUUGUGUUAAACAUUGUGUUGUUGUGCUGCAGAUGUACAAACUAAUCAAUCCUGUUUAUGUUUUCAAUAUAGUUUUUUUGUUGUCGCUUUAAUGAAAGUAAAGGCCUUGGUAAUCUAUGCUUUUCUCCACUCCAUUCUCCCCCAGGAAGCUACAAAUUAUAAAUAAUGAGGUGCGUAUGUUGAAAGCCCAUUUAGAUUGGUCUUCACUGGAAAAAAAAAUACUGUAUACACUUGCCUUUUACAUUUUGGGGUAUUUAUAUUGGGGAAUUAAAUAACCUUUUGCUUCUGGACAGGUGCUAACAGUUUUCCUUAAGUCCUAUAAUAACUUGUAUGGUGUGAUUAAGUGUAAAUGGACAGUAACGGACACGUCAAUUGGGAUAUCCAUCUUUCCCCCAGCUAUCAACUUUUCACUUGCAGGACUUGUUUUUACCAGAACUAGUGUUGCCAAAACAACUUUGUGCAUUGUGUGUACUUCAUGUAUGUGUUCCUGAACAGUCUCACCUGCCAGUCACUGAAAUGCUUGGUGUCGGUGAAUGCGCGGUGUUCUCCUUGCAAGCUCCAUGCAAGCUAAAGCUUUUUCCUUCAGCAAAUGCUCAAGUGCUUGCUCAUUUACAGAGUGUUCCUUUUGAAAUAAACACACGCCCUGUAAGGGUGGAUGUGCUGCCAAAUACUGUACUCGCCAAUUCUUGGGCAUAAGGAAGUAAACAUGUCAGUUGAUCGUUUCUGCACCACUUUCAAAGGCUGGAACUAAUGCAUUAUUGUUAUGAAUUUGGAUUAUUGUUAUACUACAUGUUUUCUUUGCGAAUGAAACAAUACCUGCAA